GCGGGUGGUUUCGAACAAACGUGGGCUUGGCUCGGGGCCGCCCAAAGUCAGAACUGUUCUGGCCACCACCGCAUGUCCAGUCCUGGUGUCUGCAGAUCCCGCCGUUCUCCCUGUUGGUGACGACGGUGUUUCUCUUGUUAGGUCAACUGAGUCGCUCGCAACCUUAGCCGAAACUUAGCGGGGCAAACAGUCGCCGGCUUCGUGUCAGAGAAAACAGCAGCAGCGGCAGCAGCAACAAUGGCACCUCGCUUGACGACGGCAGACUUGGUGAAUAAAUGCGAUGGCUUCCCCGACCCCGAGAGGGACCCCACGGGUUACGCGAAGGAGAUGAGCAGGCUCUACACGCUCAUAUGGAAGGACAGCGAGGGGUCCUUUCCCAUCGGCUAUGUGCCGCUGUCUGUCCUGGAAGCGCUAGAGAACACGCCCGAGAGCAUCAGGGGCCCGCUUCAUGUCGAUCAUGAAGCGAGAACGAUCCUGCUGUUUCAGGGGCUCGGCAGCGAAGAGGAGCGCACCAAACUCGUGGGCCAGCUGACGGCGUACUGGCGCCAGAACCAAACCUUCCGCAUCCUCAAGGGCUGGCGCGAUGAGCUGUGGCCGGUCUACGGACGCAACGGCGACCUGCUGUUCAGCGUCGAGCGCGUCGCCAUGGGCCUGUUCGGGAACGCCCGUUUCGGCGUGCACAUGGUCGCCUUCCUCCGCCGCAGCGACGCCAGCAGCCGCUACGACUUCAGGAUCUGGGUUCCCAAGCGCGCCGCCGACAAGUCGUCGUACCCGGGUAUGCUGGACAAUACGGUGGCCGGCGGCCUGAUGACCAACGAGGACCCCUUUGAGUGCCUCGUCCGCGAGGCCGACGAGGAGGCGUCGCUGCCCGAGGACUUGAUGCGAAAACACGCCAAGGGAACAGGCACCGUCACGUACAUCUACAUCACGGACGAGCGCGCCGGCGGAGAACCAGGCUGGAUCUACCCUGAAUGCCAAUGGGUCUACGAUCUCGAGCUGCCCGCAGACGGGAGCGUCACCCCGCGCCCCAAGGACGGGGAGGUCGAGAGCUUCAGUCUGCACACGGUGGAGGAGAUCCAGGAACAGCUGGCCCAGGGACUGUGGAAGCCAAACUGCGCCAUCAUCAUGCUCGAUUUCUUCGUCCGGCACGGGAUAUUGACGCCCGAAAACGAGCCGUACUAUGACGAGCUUCUCGCGAGGACGCACCGCUUCAUUCCCUUCCCCGGCCCGCAUUGGCCGCACUGGCGGCAUUCCUCCCCGCCGGAUCGGAGGACUUAGGGAGGCCGCCGCAACGAACGGCUCAGAAACAGGCCGCUUUCCUGGGUAUCGUCUUGUCAACACUCGCCAGAAACUUCCCCAGAAGAAAAUAUAUGCCUGCCAUGUCCUGAACGCCGAGUUCCACAUUAGAUUUUCUCAGCGUCGUGUCGACAGCGAUCCCAGGCCCUGUUCAACCCAUAACCCACAUUCAUAAAAAAUUCCGUCACCGUUUCCGAGCGAGGAGGUAGACGUGAUCUACCCGGAGCGGGGUGAGCUUCUUGUACGGCCCCUCAAGCGACAUCAACAAGCCGCCAAACGAGAUGUAUGCCUUGCUGUUAUUCCCCCGUAAGACGUCAGCCAUUCCAUUUCCUUGGCCCCUUAACAGACAAGCAGCC